GUGGGCGGACGCUCCAAUCGGUGUGGAACAUCGUUGAGCACGGCAGCAUUGCUCACCUGAUUGCAGGCGCCUUCAAUCGCGGUGGGAGAGGUGCGCGCAGGUGGGUGGCGAGGAAGGUUUCUUUUCCUGUUCAAAGGGCGGAAUGGAGGGCUGCGAUUGCGAUGGUCGUGCUGUGCUGUCCAAUGCGGAGAAGACAGCUGUCGCGGCGGCUGCUGUCGCAGUUGUCCGUCGAUUCCAGGUUGAGAGGGCGGCUGGGCGCAUGAAAGUGAAGCUUUCCAAGCGGGGACAGAGGAUUCUGCUGCAGAGGGUGUUGGACGCCCCUGACUGCGUUACCACUUCUGCAGCAGUGCUUCAGCUAUGCUUUGCAAUAGGGUGCGGUGUGGUUCCUCAGACGACGCCACGUUGGUGGAUGAGGCAGAGAACCGGCGGGACUUGGGAGGAUUUGCGGCUCUGCGAUGACGCGACGGACGACUACUUCCGAGAGAAGCUCCGCAUGUCGAGGAGAGUCUUCAUUGAGAUCAGCGAAGCGUGUGCACCUCUCUUGCGACGACAGGUGACGUUCUACAGGGAGCAGAUCGUCGCCUAUGCGCUGUACAGGAUAUCGUGGCCGACGGGGGUGCGAAAACAAGUCGUGCUGCGGGCGUUUCUGGACAAGGGUUUUCCAAACUGCCAUGGCGCAGUUGACUGCACACACAUCUACGUGGACAAACCGACGAACGCGCCCAGCGAGAAGUACUUCGACUGCAAGCACCGUUUCUCCGUCAUUGCGCAGGUGGUGGUGGACCUGGAUCUGCGCGUGCUAGACGUGUUCGUCGGAUAUCCGGGUAGCUGCCACGAUAUCAGGGUGAUCCAACUGUCGAGUCUGUCCGCAGAACAGGGAGUGCUUUUUCGUGGGCCGCCUGUGACGCUGCCGGGGGGGGUGAGGAUGAACGGUCACAUCUUGGGAGACAACGCGUAUCCUCCCUCUGAAUGGGUAGUUGUGCCGUAUGGAGGAAUCAAUCAGCACCCGGACGAGGAAAGGUUCGACACGAAGCAGAAGGUCGCAAGAGGGGCUGUGGAGAGGGCGUUCUGGAGGUUGAAGGGGAUGCGGAGGCUCUUCCUGCGGACACACAAGACAGACCUGGAAACACUACGGCAGCAGUUCACGGCAGUCUGCAUUCUCCACAAUGUCCUCCUCGAUGCCGGUGUCGAGUUCAACGAGAAUUUGUUGUGGGAGGUCGACGAGAACGGAGUGAGGCGCCGAGUGGACCUGGGGAUUCAUCGUCCCCUGCAGCCAGUAUCGAUGUUGACGUCCACCGGUCCCGCCCUCGCGCUCUGCGACACGCUCGCAGAGCGAAUGAAACACCUGUGAUCCUGUGCACUGCCUGCGUCUUUCACGCGCGGAACACUUGCUUCG